CGGGACGGAGGCGGGAUCUUUGUUGUCAGGUGCUCGGAGCUGAAGAGAGCGCUGGGGCGGAGUGAGGCAGGUGUCGGAGCACAAACCCACUGUCGCCGCAAGAUAUUAAACGUAGAACAACUGCAGAGCGAUUGCCCGAGAGGCAGGAGAUCGUUUGCGAAGUCGCUUGGGCGGAACUGAGUGUCGGGACCUGAGCCCAAGCUCCUCCAGUCUAAUGUCUGUCGAGCGCGACACGGUGCAGAUCCCCGAUGACCUGGCGUUCGCCUCGUUCCGGCAGCAGUGUGAAUCAACGCAAGGAUGGCAACAGAAGUACAGCAAACUCGGAGUGGGAGUGUGGGUGCAGGACACAUCUGAGGGGAAAGCCGUGCACCGAAUGAAGUGUCGAAUCGAAAUUAAAGAUGUACCUGCAGAGCUGGUGUAUGAUGUGCUACACGAUAAUGAAUACCGUGAAAAGUGGGAUAAGCAAGUCAUUAAGACUUUUGACAUUGCACGACUCACAGUGAAUGCAGAUAUUGGGUAUUAUUCUUGGAAAUGCCCAAGCCCCCUAAAAGAUAGGGAUGUGAUUACUUUGAGGUCAUGGCUUGUCACAGACAAUGAUUACAUGAUCAUCAACUACUCUGUGAAACACCCUGAUUUCCCUCCUCAGAAAGAUUUAGUCAGAGCUGUGUCCAUUCUAACAGGUUAUCUAAUCCAUUCUACGGGUUCUGGAAGUUGCGAUCUUGUAUAUAUGGCUGAGGCAGAUCCCAGAGGAUCUCUGCCAAAGUGGGUCAUCAACAAAGCUUCACAGUAUCUGGCUCCUAAAGUUCUUAAGCGAAUACACAAAGUGUCUCUCAAGUACCCAGAGUGGAAACGGAAGAACAGACCACACUUAAAACCUUGGCUCUACCCAGAACAGAAUAACCUUCCGACCAUGAGCCUUGACGUACUCUCAAUCCAGCAUGCAGAAUCACUAGAAAAUAUUGAUGAAAGUGCCUUAUCUGAAGAGAAUGCUAGUGAUGAUGAAGGCAUAAAAGGCUGAAAUCACAUUUCAUUUUUCCUAACAGUACUGCAAGCCCAUGGAGUUUGCAGGAGGAGGAAAAGUUCAUAAUUGGCCCUUUAGUAUUUAGGUGACAAAUUCUUAACAAUGGGUUAAUCUGGUGAUUUGGGCGAUGGAUAUUAUUGAUUCAAGUUUACUUAUACAAAGGAUCUGACAUUCAGACAAUAAAUUAGAUAUUUGCACUGGUGUGAGUUAAAUACUAUUGUGAUCUUGAGUAAUUGAAAUAAAUCAGUCACAACAAUGGGGGUUAUGGUCUAUUGGAAUGAUAGCUGACUUGAGAAAUCCUCCUUUAAUGAAGCAUCUUUGAGCUGCAGGCUUUUUAGGUCUGGUGAGUUGGGAAAUAAGUAAGAAUAGUUAUAAAGAAAUGUAAUUUUUUUUUUCCCUCUCUUUUUUGUAAUGUAACUUUUUUUGGAAGGACUAAUUAACCCGCAGCAUUCUCUCUGCGUGCAAUUGUGGUCAUGAUGUUAUCAUUUUGUGCCUCAAGAGCUUGAUUCUCUGAAAUAACUUGAUCUAGAUGCUGCAGAAUUGCAUGCGUCUUUUUUGCUGAUUCACUGGUGGUAAUUGUGCAUAGUUUGAAUUUGACCUGCUUUCCAUUGCAAGAGGUGAGAAUAUGAACCUUUAAAUCUAGAACUUUAGUAGGGGUAUUAAAAGUUACCUUUGUUUCAAAGUUGUAAAGUUAUCCUUGUACAAGAUUUAGAAAUUUGGGUUCUGAGGCUAAAGGUGGUGGCUGGAUCCAUGGGGGCAUUUAACUCCUUAGUGGAGUUAGUCAUUCAAAAGAACUGGGCCCCGCAUCAGGGCACUGUUUAACUUCUUCAGUUCCUUCUUUCUCCUAAUGAUGGAGGUUAAAACUUUACCAUUUUCUUCUUAUUUUAAAUAUUAGCUGCCACCAUCUCUUACGAAUCCUGAGAGCAUGCAGCUACUUCAAUAAGAGUAAGAUUUGAAAUUGGGGGUGAAUAGUUACCAUUUAAAUGACCAGGUCAGGAAAGAGAACUACAACUAAGCAGGAGUAAAAUGAUUGAAAUUAGUAUGGAGAAAUACAUUUUGGAUGUCAACCAUAAUGGUAAUGUUUCCCAUAGAUAGGAACUUUAUAUUGUUGCUCUUCACUUCCUGUUAUUGUCUCUAAUGUUGAAUUGUUCUUGUUUAGUGGGAUUUGAUGAAUUUUGUAUGUUAGUAAAUUAUUUCUGGUGUGAGGGAGCAGAUGUAAAAUAGGGGGGAAAGAUUUUGAAAGAGGCAAGUUGGACCAAAGUAUUUAACGUAGUUUCAUUAGUAAAAUUAUUCAGCCUUCAAAAGAGAUGGCAUUCAUGAUGAUUUUCAUUUUGUUCAUAAAUUGAAAACCACCAUGAGUUGACGUACUCCAUGCCCUGUCCCAGAGCAAGACAUUGUCAAUGCUGGUUCUGUGACACGCAUGAAAAUUACUUAUGGGAUUGAGACUUGGAUUAUGGCCGCCAUGAUGGUCUGCAAUAGUUCUAAUCAGAAUUUAUGAGAAUUGGAAUUUAAAAGCAUCCUCAAGUUCAGGAGAAAGUAUUGCAGUACAAAUGCUUUUAAUUAUUAAUUUGUGAAAAUAGAAAUCAUCUACGAUAGAUUAAGGAGUCUGCAAUACAUUUUUCUUCAACUGCUGUUAAAAUCUAAAAAAAGCUGCUUCCAAAACAUUUAAUCAAGAAAUUAAGGUAAACUCCACAUUUUCUUUAGUAUACUUCAAAUAAAUCUUCAGUAUUUUUCGACUGAUCAACUUUAGAUGUGCAUUGUGAUCUUGAAGAAAUAAAUUAUGAAAUUGCAAUUAGUAAAUGCUUUGGUAUUUUCCAAGUUAAUAAUGCAGUCAAGGAAAACAUUUAAACUAGCAUUUUGUUGUGUAAACUUUCCUACCAAUCAACAGAUGUCUAAAUCUCCAAAUAACCUUUUUGUUUUUUUAAUUCUAUCUCUUAUUAGGACUGUGUCUGUAUUUAAUAGGUGUGAUUUAUAUAGAGGUCCCCUUUUAUAAAAUUGUGUUCGCUACUCAAUUCCAUAACUCUCAAAUACUUGGAGAUACCUAAGAUGACCUUUUGUUAAAUUAGUGAGUAUUUUGAUUGUAAACAUUUGGCCUUUGCAUUUAGGGCGUUGCUUAACAGGUAUCAACAUUCUAGUGCUAUUAUGCAUUUAUUUAAUCUGAAGUCUCUACAUAUUAGGAGAAAGGCUUAAAAAUAUUCUAUUUUUGUGAAAAGAUGCUUGCUGAUGGUCGAUAUAUUUUGGUCUGCAGAGAUAAUUGGCUCUGCAAUACAUUUUAUUGAUUGUUGCAAAUGUUUUUGUAAUGAAAUUCAGAAAAUGUAAUGCCUUACUAAAGGUUGCCGUAUCUGGUAUUAGGUCAGUUAGUAUUUAGUUGUGCCGUUGUCAUUUAUGUGGGUAUUGUACAUGAAGGAUAAACCAAUAUCAUUUAAAGUUUUACCCAAACCCUUAUGUUCACCUCAUUGCCAACACCAAAUAAUCAGUGCUAAUCCAUAACUAAAUAAUCUAGAAUAAACAUUAUAAUAAUGCUACUGGCUUUUUAAUAUGUGUAAGGUAAAAUAACACAUUUUUUCAAUUGGGCAUUAUUGAAGAUUUAGUAAUACUCCAGGUUUGUUACUAGUAAAUUAUUUCAUGGUAUUUUAGCAUUGCUUAUUCAUUUACCUUUGGGUUUUCAAGUAGAUGUUAGAGUGCAUUGAUAAAAUUAAAAAUAUGGAAGACUGGUCUCAUCUUUAGUACUGAGAGUCUCAUCUGAAUUGUUCAGAAAACUUCAAAAUCUCUUCUGGACUUUGAUUAAUGAAUGCACUUUUCCUCCUGCCUGUAUCGCAUAAAGAAAAUGCUCUGUGAUUUCAGCGGUGUCUCCUUGGAACAUAUUGGUGUUUUCUUCUGAAACAUUUUACCAGAUGGCUUACCUUUGUCAUGCUGGAGUUAAAUGGUCCAUUCAAUGUGAAACCAUCUUGCUAUUUUUGAAUGGACCAUUUAGCAAAGCUGAAGUUUUUGGGGGUGGGGACUGCAACCUUUCACACAGCAGAAUUAAUGUUGGUUCUGUAUUUCAUUUAAAGCAUAUUUUGAAACCCACAACCACCCUGUUCUUUAUAUUGUAUGGAGAGAAUUUGUCAAACACAUGUUGCACUUCUACUGUAAUCUUGCUUAAAAUA